GGGCGGUGCGCUCAGGGCUGGCCGGCGGCUGGUGCUGCUUAGACGGAGGCGACGGAGGUGACUGAGGCGACGGAGGUGGCGGUGCAGGUGGCGAUGGGGAGCGGCAGUGUGAUCCACUGUAGGUGUGCCAAGUGUUUCUGUUAUCCUACAAAGCGGAGAAUAAGAAGAAGACCCAGAAACUUAACCAUCUUGAGUCUCCCAGAAGACGUGCUCUUUCACAUCCUGAAAUGGCUCUCUGUUGGGGACAUCCUUGCCGUUCGAUCUGUGCACUCCCACCUGAAGUACCUGGUGGACAACCAUGCCAGCGUGUGGGCAUGUGCCAGCUUUCAAGAGCUAUGGCCUUCUCCAAGGAACCUGAAGCUCUUUGAAAGGGCUGCUGAAAAGGGAAAUUUUGAAGCUGCUGUGAAGCUAGGCAUUGCGUACCUCUACAAUGAAGGCUUGUCUGUGUCUGAUGAGGCCCGCGCAGAAGUGAAUGGCCUGAAAGCCUCUCGCUACUUUAGUCUCGCUGAGCGACUGAAUGUCAGUGCCGCGCCUUUCAUCUGGCUCUUCAUCCGCCCUCCGUGGUCAGUGUCUGGAAGCUGCUGCAAGGCCGUGGUUCACGAGAGCCUCCGGGCAGAGUGCCAGCUACAAAGAACUCACAGAGCGUCCAUACUGCACUGCUUGGGGAGAGUACUGAAUCUUUUUGAGGAUGAAGAGAAAAAGAAGCAGGCUCGUGAACUGUUUGAAGAGUCUGCUAAUCAGGGAUGUUUGAUCAGCUCGUACCUCCUCUGGGAAAGUGACAGAAUGACGGAUAUGUCUGAUCCUGGACGGUGCCUCCACAACUUCCGGAAACUCAGGGACUAUGCUGCCAAAGGCUGCUGGGAAGCCCAGCUGUCUUUAGCCAAAGCCUGUGCAAAUGGAAACCAGCUUGGCCUAGAAGUGAAAGCAUCCAAUGAGAUAGUCUGCCAGCUCUUUCAGGCUUCCCACGCUGCUAAUAAGCAGAAGGUGUUUUCUGUGCAGAAGGGACUCAACGACACGAUGAGGUACAUUCUGAUCGACUGGCUGGUAGAAGUUGCUACCAUGAAGGACUUCACAAGCCUAUGCCUUCACCUGACAGUGGAGUGUGUGGACCGAUACCUACGGAGGAGGCUGGUGCCCCGGUACAGGCUCCAGCUGCUGGGCAUUGCCUGCAUGGUCAUCUGCACUCGGUUCAUCAACAAAGAGAUCUUGACAAUCCGGGAAGCCGUGUGGCUCACAGACAAUACGUACAAGUAUGAGGACCUGGUGAGGAUGAUGGGAGAGAUCAUUUCUGCUCUGGAAGGGAAGAUUCGAGUCCCUACUGUGGUCGAUUACAAGGACAUCUUGCUGACGCUGAUCCCUAUGCCACCAAGAACCCAGCACCUGUGCAGCUUCCUCUGCGAGCUCUCCCUACUGCACACCAGCCUGGCCGCCUACUCCCCAGCACGCCUGGCCGCAGCCGCCCUGCUGCUAGCAAGGUUGACACAUGGGCAAACACAGCCCUGGAGCACUCAACUGUGGGACCUCACCGGCUUCUCCUGUGAAGACCUCAUACCCUGUGUCUUGAGUCUUCACCAAAAGUGCUUCCAUGAUGACGUCCCCAAGGACUAUAGACAAGUCUCUCUGACUGCCGUGAAACAGCGAUUUGAGGAUAAGCGUUACCAAGAGAUCAGCCAGGAAGAGGUGCUGAGCUACAGCCAGGUGUGCGCAGCUCUAGGAGUGAAACAAGAGAGCCCGGAACCCACGUCUUUCCUCAGCUCAGGGGACAUUCACACCUUCCUUAGCUCUCCUUCCGCAAGGAAAACCAAGAGGAAGCGAGAGAACAGCCUCCAAGAGGACAGGGGCAGCUUCGUCACCACCCCCACCGCAGAGCUGUCCAGCCAGGAAGAGACGCUACUGGGCAGCUUCCUGGACUGGAACCUGGACUACUGCUCUGGCUACGAGGGCGACCAGGAGAGCGAGGGCGAGAAGGAAGGUGAUGUGACGGCUCCCAGCGGUGUCCUUGAUGUCACUGUGGUGUACCUCAAUCCCGAACAGCACUGCGGCCAGGAAUCUAGCGAUGAGGAGGCCUGCCUGGAGGACAAGAGAUGCCAGGACCUGCACGCCAUGGUGCCAAGCACCCAGACACCUCUGGCCCUAGGGCCCACGCCCCCUCUCUGUGGCAGCAGGGAACUGAGCAAGGACAUUACAACCUCAGGGUACUCCUCCGUCAGCAGCGUGAGUCCUACAAACUCCGUGAAUGGCGGCCCUCCCCAAUCUACCUCAGCACAUUCCCCAGGCAGUGACUCGAGCACACUGCAUUGCCAUCAUCAUGCCAGGAAGUCGUGUUUACAGUGUCGUCCCUCAAGUUCCCCAGAGAGCAAUGUUCCCCGGCAAGAGGUGAAAAGGAAAAACCUAUCUGCCCCCAGCAAGGAGGAGCAGGACACGAACUUGGGCUUCCUGGAGCUGUGAGUGUGCUAGUGUUUGCUGCAGUGAAUGUUUGCAGAGAGAGCUGCUGCUGCACUAGAAGUGGGAGCACUGGAGAUGAAUGAUGUGUAGACCCCAGUGGCCUCAAAUGGGGUACAGAGAACUUAGGAAGGGCACUGAGUGUCUUUCACCAGGCGAGUCCCAUUCCAGCUAUCAGAAUGUCUAAAUCCGAACAAAAACUCAGAUCCUUCUCUUUGAAAAGUUUCACCUCAAAGCAACACUGUGUGAAGCCUAUUUCUCUGUGCUCCCCUGUGUCUGUCCUGCUUUCUCUUUGGGAAGCUUAAGCCCAUGACAACCCCAACCCCAUUGAACCCUCAUCACAGUAGCGACAGCUUUCACAACUGAGAACACGUGAUCCAGGUAGCCUGGCACAGCUUCUCCACUCCAUCUAUCUGGUUUUAGGUUCUAGGGCAGGGGUCCUCAAACUACGGCCCGCGGGCCACAUGCAAAUACAAAUAUUGUAUUUGUUCCCGUUUUGUUUUUUUACUUCAAAAUAAGAUACGUGCAGUGUGCAUAGGAAUUUGUUCAUAGUUUUUUUAAAACUAUAGUCCGGCCCUCCAAUGGUCUGAGGGACAGUGAACUGGCCCCCUGUUUAAAAAGUUUGAGGACCCCUAUUCUAGGGGGAGCUGAAAGCUUUGAGUACAGGUCUGUCGCCGUGCCCACCUCACCCUGCCCAGGUCAUCUACUCCCUCACAGGGCAGAGGGUCCCGUGGUGAGGGAGCCCUGCCCUUUUCAUUGUCGGACUACGUGUGAUGACCAGACAUGAAGGCCCUGACUUUUUGCAGGACAGGGCCUUGAUGUCUUGGUCGUAGGUUCCCUCCCUCCCAGCUCAUUUUAGAAAUGUCCCUCCUCCCAGAGUGAUUUGUCUGUGUUCCCAACAGAUAGUCUCCAUAUGAACAUCUCUUGCUGUGCUGAAUUUCUGGGCCAUUUCUUUUUAAAUAGAAGGUAUUAAAUUUUUAAAAACAAGGGAUUCUUAACAUUAUUUAGACGCAGCUAAAGAUAAUCUGAUUCAAACCCCUCAAAGCUAUCCUGAUACUGUUUAUGCAAAAAGAAUUUUCCUAAAGAGGUUAGCCAGGGGGGGAAACCCCACAAAAAACAUCAUUUGUAACAUCUGAAGUGACCCAGAUGCAGAAGAGCAAGAUUGAGAAGAACUGUCCCUGCCUACCGGGCAAGGAUGGGUCUGCUGUGGGUUCCUGAGGACAACUAGCUGAGACGCUUGGGGCAGCAGUCAAAACACCUGAGAGAUCUGCCCAAGAUCAGGGACCCUGACCUCUCCGCAGUUGGAUUGACCACUGACACUCGCCAUGCUGUGAUAACUUCUGUUUCCUCUCCAAAUGUCAGAAAGAACCACUUGACUGGGAGUGUCCCCCAAAAGCUCUUGAACCAGAAUUACAGUGCUUGUGUGUGUGUGUGUGUGUGUGGUGUGUAUCUAUGUCUUUUCUACUGUAAGAGAAUUUUGCAACUGUGUGCCCCUGGGCAUGUGUGAGCCUGUUUCUUCGCCUGUAAGAUGGGGCAAUAUCUACCUCACAGGCCUGUUGUGAGGAUUAAACGUGAUGAGGAUAGUGGAAGCUGCGUGAU